GGUUGAGCUCCCACCUCCUCCCUCUCUGCAGGCGAACUUUUCCUCUAUUUGUACUCUCAACCCCUUCAUGAACCCAAAAUUUUCACUAAACCCCCCAAACAAUGAAGUGCUUCCAUUUUCCCGGCAACGGCGGCGAUAUCGGGUCCAAGCGGGUCUCCUGGGCCCGAUCUCUCAGCGUCGCCUCCCACUUAUCGGAUCCAAGAAAAUCGGGUUUGGAUCCGGACCCGGAUCCAAGAGACGCUGAAUUGAUCAACGAAGCUAAAUCUCUGCCGACAAUGAGCUUGAAAUCUUUUGAGUUCAGCGAGCUGAAGGCGGCAACCAAAGGUUUCAAUCGAGCGCUGCUGAUUGGUGAGGGUGGAUUUGGGUGCGUUUAUAAAGGUGUGAUUGGUUUAGAGAACGGGGAGAGCUUGGAUGUUGCAGUUAAGCAGUUGAAUCGAAAUGGAUCGCAGGGGCACAGGGAAUGGGUUACAGAGGUGAAAUUUUUGGGUGUUGUCAAACAUCCUAACCUUGUGAAAUUGGUGGGAUAUUGUGCUGAAGAUGAUGAGAGAGGGAUUCAGAGGCUAUUGGUAUAUGAAUUAAUGCGCAACAAAAGCUUGGAAGAUCACUUACUCGCUAGAGUUUCGUUGAAUUUGUCAUGGGAAUUGAGGUUAAAAAUUGCUAGAGAUGCUGCAUGUGGCUUAGCUUACCUUCAUGAAGAAAUGGAUUUUCAGUUAAUAUUCCGAGAUUUUAAGACAUCUAAUAUUCUUUUGGAUGAAGAUUUCAAUGCAAAGCUCUCAGACUUCGGGCUUGCCAGAUAUGGACCUGCUGAAGGAGUUGGUCACAUUUCAACAUCAGUUGUGGGCACUGUAGGUUAUGCAGCACCAGAGUACAUUCAAACUGGAAAACUAACCACGAAGAGUGAUGUUUGGAGCUUCGGCGUUGUCAUCUAUGAACUCAUCACUGGAAGAAGACCCAUUGACAGAAACCUACCGAAGAACGAACAAAAGCUCCUCGAAUGGGUAAAACCGUAUGCAACAGACCCCAAAAAACUCCACAUUAUCAUAGAUCCUCGGCUUGAGGGCCAAUACUGCACAAAAUCUGCAAGAAAACUAAUUUCCCUAGCAAACAAAUGCUUGAUGAAGAAUCCCAAGUCGCGUCCUAGGAUGAGUUUGGUAGUAGAGAUGUUGACUGAGAUCAUCGAGAUGUCAAGGGAGAAGAUUGCAGAGGCUAUGAGUGUUGAGUCAUCAGAAGUAGACGACAUAGUUGAGGACUCUGAAGCUUUUAAAGAAAGUGGAAACGAUUAUAAUGCAGUUUUCGAUAUUAAGGAAAUGAUGAGUUUGAGGAAUAGGUCUGUAGGAAAAUUGGAUUGGAGAGUAUUUACACCGGGGCUUGCAAGAACAUGGAGAUGAGCUUAUGCAAAAGAGGAACUCAAUGUUCAUUAGAUUGGACGACGAUCUUGUGGCAUAUUUCUCUUGCUUUGAUCCUCCUUUUAUCGAAAUUUUGUACAUAGGGCGGUGAAAAAUCUGCAUCAGUAUGAUUUUCAACGUGGAAUGAGUUAAAUUAUGGUUUCGAUAGUUUGUCACUCUGUCUCUGUUUUGAGAGUGUAUGGAGACACUUGCAUGAGUAAAUUGUUAUAUCGACCAAAUCAAUGUUUUGCAGAAUAGGAACCGUAUGUUUAUCGCCAAAA